AUGGUGAUGAUUAGGGUCGAAUAUUCCAAGAAAGACGCGCUGACUUUGGCAGCUGGUCCCGAACCGAAAUUCGUGAACUUGGAGUCAGUCAUCAUUCGUGUCCCUCCAUACUUGCCGUCGGUCCAAAAUGAUCAGGUAUUGAUUGUCAUUCAUGACUACUACCAACGGGCCGAAAGAUCAGUGAGCGCUGAGGAAGAAAGAGAGAAAGAUGCAAGACAAAAAAACGAAAGACAGCAUGAGUGGUGGGGCUGGCCAAGUAUAGCUCCACUAACUAAAUGGAGCUGGAGCUGGAGCUUGAGCUUGGGCUAG